CAGAAUAUUUGGGAUAUUCCACUGGUCAUGUCUCAUUUCCUCUUACUUCUCUGCGAUAGCCACGUGCCCUUCUUCAUCUCCGCUACUUGUUCAUGAUCCUCAUUCUUCUCAUAUUUUCCCCGCUUCUUUUUCAUUUUGUCUCUUUUGAUCAUUUUUAGGCAUCAUAAAAGACAAAAAGAACAUCCUGGAAACUGAGAUUACCGAAAGAUAGUGCAUAGAGCUAACAUUUAUCUUCAUGGUGUUCAUAAGAAAUGAAGUAACGAUAAGGCGAAUGUGGCAAUUUUAGGUUCAAACUUAGCAGUUAGCACCAAUGCUCCUUUGAAGUUGAAGCUGUCUAUGUAACAGCAAUUGACUAGAGAUAUUUUAGCUUGGUCAAGAUUUGAUAAGAAAGAUGUCCUUUAAGAAAUUGAGAGAAAGUGUGAUUGAAAGAACUUUUUCUCCUGAAGAGCAGCAGGACAAGAUCGGAGAAGUCAGAAAGAUAAUAGGUCCGGUUGCCGAUAAGUUCCCCACUAUGUGUUCAGAUUCAUCAGUGCUAAGGUUCCUCAUAGCGCGGAGCUAUAAUACUAAGAAGGCUGCAAAGAUGUUGAAAGGAAGCAUAAAAUGGAGGCUGGAGUUCAAGCCUGAGAAUAUUAGAUGGGAUGAUAUUGCUCAAGAAGCUUCGUUAGGAAGGCUGUAUAGAGCUGAUUACUUGGACAAGCAAGGAAGGAUUGUUUUUGUGAUUAGAGCUGGUGUUCAGAGUUCAAGCUCAGGAAUGAUGCAGAUCAAGUACCUCGUUUACUGUUUGGAGAAUGCCAUACUGAACCUAAGUUCCCAAGAAGAACAGAUGGUUUGGAUUAUUGAUUUUCAAGGGUGGAACUCUUCAUGCAUAUCAUUAAAGGUCACCCGGGAUACUGCUCAAAUCCUGCAGGGCCAUUACCCUGAAAGGCUGGGCCUCGCAAUCUUAUAUAAUCCACCUAAAAUGUUUGAGUCAUUUUGGACGAUGGUGAGACCAUUUAUAGAACCCAAAACUUACAAAAAGGUGACAUUUGCUUACCCUGACAACCCAAGGAGCUGCAAGAUGAUGGAAGAACUCUUUGACAUGGACAAGCUAGAAUCCUAUUUUGGUGGGAAGAAUACAGUUGGAUUUAACUAUGAAGCUUAUGCUCAAAAAAUGAGAGAAGAUGACAGAAAGAUGUCUGAUCUUAUUGAUUCCGGCUGUUCGUCACCCGGUUAUAUUACCUCAGAAGUUAGUGAAUCACUGCAUUCAAGAGACUCUCAGGAUGAAAUAUUUAGUGAUGAAGCAGUUUGUUCAUACUUGGAGGAAGAUGAUGAGAUUAAACAAGCGCAAACGCCUUGCUCCCAAUUUGAACCCAAGAAUGAGGUUCUUGAACCAAAAAAUGAGUGAAGAUCUUAAUCAGAAGAGCACUGGGCACAAGCCCUGAACUUCAACCAAUAGGUGCUGUUGGUUUGAAAAUGGUACAUAUACCCUUACUCUCUACCAAUGUCCCAUAUAAUAUAAGGGUCCAUCCACCUAUUCACUGAAAGAGGGAAAGAAGUUUGAGUUGGCUCUUCUGGCAUGAAAAUUCCAUCCAGCACUUGGGAAUAAGAAGUUCAGAUUUCUCUCAUGUUACUUUUUUCCUUCCUCUCUUAACACAAAAAACCAUGUUCCUUGUUAAACAUAAAAAAUCAGAAGAUAGAACAUUUUCCUCUUUGAAAAUUUGUGAUGAGGAAAAAUUACAUCAUCAAAUCAGCAUUUUAGACUA